UUUGGUUUCUUCUGUCUACUGUUUCCUCAUUGACAUUGAUGAGUCGCACGAGUGAACGAGUUGCUGAUUCAAAUGGGGUAGGCUAGAAAGUGAGACUGGCAAUUAAGCAAAGUCCUCCUAUUAAAAGCGUUUAAAAACCAGAGAACUGAAAUAAUGGAGAGAGCUGUAAUGAUUCCGCUGAAGCUUCUUGUCCUUUUGAUACUUGUAUGCGUUACAGCACCACCGGCCAUGGCUGCAUCUUUGGCAAACCCAGUAUGCCAAGACAAGUGCGGUGAUGUUAACUUCUACUUCCCGUUUGGAGUCGGAGAAGGUUGUUACAUGAACAAGAGCUUUGAGGUUGUUUGCAACGACUCUUUUACACCUCCAAAGCCUUUCUUAAAGAGCAUCAACAUGGAACUUCUGGCACUUGUAUCAAGCAGUGACGCAGUUCUAGUUAACAAUCCAGUAAUUCAUUCCGAUUGCGGUGACAAAGUCUCUACAAAUAGAGGAGUUAACAUGUCAGGCACUGGUUUUGUCUAUUCAAAUGAGGCGAAUAGAUUCACAGCCACGGGUUGCGACAAUUAUGCCAUGCUUGUUCAGGAUGGUGAAACAGUUGGAGGGUGCUUGUCUAUUUGCCGCAAUGAUAGUAAUACAAGGGGGUGUUAUGGUCUCAACUGUUGCCAGGCUACUAUUCCUCCCAAUAUCCAGUCUUUUGAAGCUAAUAUGACAGACCUUAGUGGUGAGAUUGAUUGCAUCGGUCGUAAGUCCGCCUUCAUGGUUCACCAAGAUUUGUUCGAAUUAAGAAGCCUUGAUGAAAUGCUUCAAAUGGAUCAUGUUCCUGCACGGAUAGAAUGGGCAAAGUUUAAAGGGAAUUGCGAUCUAAGCGAAACUAUAACCCCAUACAUCAACUGUACUUCAGACUCCAAGUAUUGUUGGGCACAGAUAAACACAAGGCAAUUGUGUAUUUGUAGAAAUUGUCAAGAUGACAGCAAAUGCACAGAUGGAAGGAACUAUAACUGUGAUCUGUUUUGUAUGCAUACUCCGGGAGGCUACGACUGCCCCUGUCCGACUGAGAAUUAUGAAAAUAUUUCCAAUAUUUGUUACCCAUCACAUCUCUUUUCAAACCAGAAAUCCCACUCCAAGUUCAUUAUCAUAGGCUGCGCAUCAGGUCUUGGAUUUUUGCUCCUCCUAAUUGGUUUAUGGUUGUUGUACAAGUUAAUGAAGAGAAGACAGGCAAUGAAACUCAAGCAAAAAUUUUUCAAAAGGAACGGUGGGUUGUUAUUACAACAACAACUCUCCUCUGAGGGAAACAAUGUUGAGCAAACAAAACUAUUUGCUUGCAACGAAUUGGAGAAUGCAACUGACCACUAUCAUGAGAAUCGAAUCCUUGGUCAAGGAGGUCAAGGAACAGUAUACAAAGGAAUGUUGACAGAUGGGAGAGUUGUUGCUAUUAAGAAAUCCAAAGUAGUAGAUGAAGAUAAGCUUGAGCAAUUCAUCAACGAGGUGCUAAUUUUAUCACAAAUUAACCAUAGAAAUGUGGUCAAGCUACUUGGAUGUUGUUUGGAGACAGAAGUUCCUCUACUUGUUUAUGAGUUCAUCCCUAAUGGAACACUCUUCCAAUAUAUACAUAAUCAAAAUGAAGAGCUUCCACUUACAUGGGAAAUGCGUUUGCGCAUUGCCACAGAAGUUGCAGGUGCUCUAUCCUAUUUGCAUUCAGCAGCCUCCUUGCCUAUUUAUCAUAGAGAUAUAAAGUCAUCCAAUAUUCUUUUGGAUGAUAAGUUUAGAGCGAAAGUGGCAGACUUUGGCACCUCAAAAUCAAUUUCAAUUGAUCAAACACAUGUGACCACUCGAGUACAAGGAACUUUUGGAUACUUGGAUCCAGAGUACUUCCAAUCAAGCCAAUUUACAGAGAAAAGUGAUGUUUAUAGCUUUGGAGUAGUUAUUGUUGAGCUUUUAACUGGACAAAAACCAAUCAAUCCACUGCGAUCUGUUGAAGCGAGAAGUCUAGCUACAUAUUUUCUAGAUUCAAUGGAAGCAAAUCGUUUGUUUGAAAUUGUUGAUGUUCGAGUUCUCAAGGAAGGUGGGAAAAAAGAAAUAAUUGCAGUUGCUAAGCUGGCAAAAAGAUGUUUGGACUUGAGCGGUAAGAAGAGACCUACCAUGAAGACUGUGGCAAUGGAGUUAGAGGGAAUUAGAGCCUCUCAAGGAUUUUCUUUAACAAUUGAACAGGAUCAUGAAGAGGUUGAUUGUUCUGUUGGCAACUAUACUGGGCCAUGGGAUGUUGAUUCAUCGUCAACUGGAUCACUUAAUAGUGGUAUCCCUGGCCAUUGAGAUGUGCAACCAAAAAUUUCUAGUAACUAGUUGCCAUAAACACUCUGCCAUUAGGCUCAUUUUUCACUGUUUCUUGAAGUGAAGUUCUAUUUAUUUA